GUCCUUGCCCCCUCCCCGUUGCUCGCUGCAGGCCCCUGUGCUCUGGGCAGCACUCUCUCAUCCAAUACCCAGCACUUCCCUUUUCAGCUGAUUGUGCAACUUAAACUUCAUCUCAUUGCAUCAGUUCAAAUGGUUUUUUUUUCACCUUUAACAUUAUUUUUGUUUUUUUUGCCCCGAAUAUGCCUCUGUCACAAUAACGUCUUCACUUUCAGCUUCUCCUCUGGUUUGCCUUCAGUUCUUCUAGGAUGUUAAUUUAAUUCUUCUCCUGCUCCCCAUUUUCCUUCCCAGGAAUGUGGUUAUUUUAGAGAAAUAUAACAAAUUAAGAGUCCUCUGAAUCAUGCAGUGACCCCCAGAUGACCUAGUGGUACAGUGCUUUGGCACUGGCGGCACAGACGCGCUCGGUGCUGCUGAACUUGCCGCCUUCAGUGUCAUAAGCCUUAUGUCUGAUGUUCUUUCCCUUGUAAACAAAAACAUUUCUCCUUUUUGAAAGCCUACCAGUGGAGCGCAGGAGGCUGGAAUCUACAGGUAUAUAUGUACUGCAGAGCAAGUAUUAAUCCUUUCAUGGCCAAAAGUCAAGGCGCUAUGGAGCCUCUCCAUGUCUGCUGCAGUGACUCGAAUCUCCGACUGGUUUCUUUGAAUCAUAUUUCAUCACUGCCGCAUUUCGGGCCUCUUCGUGCUUGACCGUCCCCCCUACCCAUCGCCCCGUCCUCUUCUCUGCUUUAGUUUCUGUCACACAUGCCGUUUUGCAUCCACGUAUAACGAUGUCCAUGUAAUCUUUUCUCUGAUAUCUGCUCUAGAGGUAAUAUUGGAAUUUGCAGGGACAGUCUUUAACUGGCUUGCAGCUUUUGAAACAUUGAUGAAUUCAUCUUAUAACGUGCAUCUAUGUGUGUGCACAUCCCAGCUUCAUGGGACCUGCUGUUUUUAGUCAGCGUGGCAUGAUGCUACAAGGACAUUACUAACUAGUCUAACAUGUGCUUAUUCAGAUAGUUCUCUGAUUCUCAUAGUAAAGGCCGUGCAAAUUAAAAUUGUGUUAAAAAGACAAGUGGACCAUUGCAAGAACUGCAGGUCUACUUAAAUGUUUUACACAUUUCUACACAUUUACACAAGAAUGGGAACUCUGUUAUUGUACGCAGGGCUGAGUGCUGUUGGAGUAGCAUAAUCACCUCGUCAGAGACCUGACUUAAACCCUAUUGACAGUCUGUGGAAAUACUCUUUGAAUGUUUUGUGAGAUCUUGUGCAAAUCUGCCAAGGGAAAUUAGCAAGUAUUGCACAAGUCAGAAAUCUUGGAUAGACAGUUGAACCGUAGAUUCUAUGUGAGAGGCUGGCUGCCAGCUGGCCAGUGUGUCCUGUAUAAGAGGUGAAUAGACAGUUCAGCUAUAGAUCGGCAUGAGCAGCUGGUGUCCCCUGCUUUGCACCCUGAGCUGCCUGGGAUACACAGCAGGCUCGAUGGAAGUGGAGAGAUGAAAGAAUGGGUAGGUGAGUGGAUGGAUAGUGUAUUGUGGAAUCUUGGAGGAUAAUCCCCACUUGAGGCAGAUGUAAGUUUCAAGCUACUUUAUUCAACAUUUACAUAUUGUGAAGAGUUCCUUGAAGAUUGCUAAUACUGCCCCAUAUUAGUGUCUGCAUGGCUUAAACAGGAAGUUUCUUAAGACUGUUUUAAUAUAUGUGUUAUAAUGUGACUGAUGCUUUGGGGUAGUGAGUUGUUGUGAGUUAGUGUCAUGGUGCACAUGGCGCGUUGAUGAGGGCGCACGGCAUCAUGGUUACCUUAGGGAGAGGCAACAUAGUUCAUGGCUGAAGAUCUGCGUGAGCUGCUCUCAAGAACAGUGCCGAUAUCUCAGCCAAUUCUCCUGCCCUGCGACACUGGAACACUCCCACCGACUGCGCACUAAGCUGCAUCAGGCUGCAUCCAAAGGCAGGUUCCACGUGUCUGCAGUGCAGAGGCUGCAUGAGCACGCCAGUGCAGUUCUGUCUCUGCUCUCCUCUCCCAUCAUCUCCCUUCUGUUGCUCUGAAUUAUCCCGUUCACUGAUGAACGGCGUAUCAUUUCUUACUGGUCUUGUUGUAUGUGGCUUGCACAGCUGUGCGAGGGACCUGCGUCAUGCUCAGUGCAAGAUGCGAGCAGUCACAGGAUGCGAAUGUUCAUGUGUUAACGUUCAGCAACUUUUGUGGUUCAAGUACGAAACCUCAUCCUGCCCUGGAGGUACGCUAUGCUAACAUUUGGUUGGAACUCAGUUCCUACUGAAGCACAAAUCAUGAGCAAAUAUAGUAGCUACUUGAGAUAAAAGAUGCAUCAUGAUUCAUUAAAGAUGAGCAAACACGAGAUCAGUAUUUCACUUGUGUUAUUCAUUACUUGUUCCUUCAGUAGCUCGCAAAGGUUUACAAGAUUAACAGAUACAGUAACUGCUUCAAAUAACAUGCAUCACAAUUCAUUAAUGAUGAACGAGCAUGAGAUCGCUAUGUAACCAAGACUUCGUUUGUGGUUAGUUAAUAUGCAAAUAACAGCAUAACGGCAGGAGACACCUGACGGUCAAACCGCGUUUGAUGGCAGCUUUUCUCUGUUUUGUGAGGACCAUGCGUUGGUCCACUGCAACGCUGUGACAUAAAAAAGCGAAAGAGCUUCGGAAAAACCAAAGGCAGACUAAACUUCUGCUUCUAACUAAAUGGCGAAACAAACAAAGCUUGCUACCAACGAGGCGUGAAGUACAGAGCCAAACCUGCAUCUGCACACAUGUAAGUGUUUACAGUAUUUAAUGCUGCUGUUUUUUUGCCCGUGAUUAUGACAGACGUGCAAUGCAGCAUAGGCUUUCUGCCUUCAUUCAGAGCAGGAACGAAGGUGCCCCCGGCAUCUUCUCAAGACUAACAGCCCAUAGCAACACAUCCUGAAACACACGGUCUCGGGCCGUUUGCCAGCAGCGAGGACGGCCUUGUUCCUCAAUGCAACUUCCGUGUGCUUUCUGCGGUCAGCAUGCGCUAACGUGUUUUUCUGUUUCAGUAUAGAUCUGCACAUGUGUGUUUGAAUGCCAAAGUGGGCCAUUCAGGCUAUGGUGUUGUGCCGCAUUUUCGCUGACACCAGCGCUCUGUCGAUCUCCACCUGAUCUCCACCAUCCACAGGACUGUCGUUAAAACUAUUGAGGUCGUGCCGGUUUUUCCGAGAUCCGGCUUAUUGACAAUUCACGUUUUUCUGCAGGGACGGGCUGCUCUCGCUUUCCGGCGUCUCUUAUCUAAUGAGGCGCGGCGCUCUUCUAGCGUGCUUAAUUAAAAUGCUAAUUACCACACACGUUACACAAUGUGAUUCGCUGACUUCCUUCACAGAGCGCUCCAGAAACCAUUUGUUUAAUUAAAGGGAAAGAUAAUAAUUUGUCUUCCUAUAAAAAUUUUCUCUUUUUUUUUGGUCUAGUAGCUGCGGUUUUAUGAGUAAUUACAGUGUUGGCGGAAACCAACUGAAAGGGAGAGAAUGAGCGUCUCGAUGAACAGGCCCAUCUGCCCAAGGGCAGCUCUGCAGACGCUCCGAUCUGGAUAUUCUCGUUCUGAAAGCAUGCUGGCCUUCAAAGACCUUUUUUGGACGUGUGCUGGGCCAUCUGCAUGUAGACGCUGGUAUCUGCUCGGGGGGGACCUUGGAGAUAGCAGUCAUCCCGGACUUCAAAGGCGUUCCUCAGCGGUUUCCGUGUGUCUGUCAGAUGAGUCGGUGCUUUUAUUGAAUGCUGUAGACCCUGAAGUGAAUUCCUCAAGUGAUGGUGAUGUAACUGAUGGGAGAUGCUACAGGGAGCAGGGCAGCCUGUCAGGGGAAUCGCUUUCAUGGCAAUGGCGGGAUAUUCAGAGAAAACGAUUCAUUCUAAUCAGCCGCCUGUUUUUGUUAGCACAUAAUUAUCCAUAUCUCAUUUGUCAUACCUGUUUUUUUUUUUCUUUUGGAUAUUGCAUAUAGCUGGAUUAUACUUUUUAAACGGUAUAAUGCUUCCCAUAUGCCUAGUCUGGGCACACCUGCCUGUGUUCAGUACAAGUGCCUCAUUUUUAUAGACCAGACAUAGUGGCAGUCCGGAGAAGCUGGUCCAUUGUAUGUAAACCGGAAGCGUGUUGGGAAGCUGCCUCGAGGAUCUGGGGAGUUUUGAUGAAACCAGCCAGCCUUGUGGUUUCUCUGUGGAUGCUUAGCAUGGUGAUUUUUCACACCUGUCCCUCUGAAACGUCACACACCACUCCUGCAGUGAGGGGGACGGGGCAGGGGGUGUAACGCCGCUGCCUUGGAACAUCAGAUGUCUCACCUUCACCAGGCCCUGAAGCAGCAACAGCAGAAGAACCAGCGCCGGCAGGGUGGGAUUACCCCGAUCUCUAACCCCCGGAUCAUCUUCAAGAGCGUCAAGGACAUGACCUGUCCCAUAGCCGCCAAGACCGCCUGGGAGGUCAAACAGCUGGCGCGGCGAUCAUCAAGCCCCCACAACUCCUCCUCCAGCUCCACCUCCACCUCCUCCUCGUCAUCGGUUAAAACGGACCCGUGUCCAUCGGCCCGCACCAGGAAGAUGUCGCAGAGAUCAGACCGGCUGAGCGCACGCCAGCUGAAGAGCACCAAGUGUGCCGAGAUCGACGUGGAGACGCCAGACUCCAUCCUGGUCAACACCAACCUGCGCGCGCUCAUCAAUAAGCACACCCUGUCGCUACUACCUCCAGAGGGUCAGCAGCGUCUCCUGGCACUCCUUCCAGAGGUGGACCGACAGACCUCCUCGGAUGGAUCGCUGAAGCUCAGCAACUCUGCAUUGAACAACGAGUUCUUCACAUCAGCAGCUCAGUCCUGGAAGGAGCGGCUAGCAGAAGGUGAAUUCACUCCAGAGAUGCGGCUGAGGAUACGUCAGGAAAUCGACAAGGAGAAGAAGGUGGAGGCUUGGAAGGAGUGCUUCUUCGAGAGCUACUAUGGGCAAAAUUCUGGACUGACGAUUGAACAAUCCAAAGAGCUGAUGGAGGCAGUCCCUGGUGGAGACUCCAACCAAUCCCAGCCGACCCAACUUCCCACUCCUGAAGAGGCUACAGCGGCAGAUGACGCAAAGACUGAACCUGAACCGAGCUCGGACAUCACGACAGCUUCCAGAUCAGAGGUGGCCUAUGAGGUGCCUGCAACUACCCAUGAGGUACAGGAACCUGCAGGUCCUCAGACCGAAGCUUCUCCUGUGGCCUCUCUGAAUACACAAGUGGUACCAGCUGCCGUGAAAAUGGACAGCACUGCGAUCGCUGCUUUGGCAGCGGACAAGGAACCAAAAGAUGACGGCGGAUCGAAGAUUCAGCUCUCCCCUCGGACACCUCCAGAAACCUCCCCCAUUGACGAGGCCAGCAGUGAGCUAACAGGGAUUGAUUUUAAGGAGGUGAACCAGGAGCCCUUGAAGAGAAAGGCUCCCAGCGACGGGGACGCAGCCUUAAGCCCAGAAAAGAGGCCCCGUGUCUUGGAAGCCGCCCCACUUCCGACAUCCCCUAAACCGUCACCAGAGUCCCCAAGGGUGCCACCACUGAAGAUUCCCGUCUCCCGGAUUGUGUCCACGCAGGCAGCUGCAGGCCAGUUGUCUCCCAGGUCCCCCUUUGUGACCUUGGCUCCUGGCCCCUUUCGCUCGGGGGCUCGCACCCUGGCCGACAUCAAGGCUAAAGCCCAGCUCAGGAGGGCUCAGAGCGCCGCGGCCGCUGCUGCCGCCGCAGCUGCUACUGCCAUUUCCUCUUCUGGAGGAGCUGUGCCAGGCCCAGGACCUGGAGGAGGUGCUGGAGAGGCCAGUCCUGCACCAAGGGGAGGGGCUCUGUCCAGCCAAUCAGAGUCCCAGAUCAAGGGUUCCUCCUUGUCAGGUGGUGAAUCUCAGAUACAAUUACAUCAUGCCGUUACACCAAUAAGAAGCCCUGGACAGGGUGUUUUACCCAUCAAAUCGAACACCAACCAAUCCCAUAUCACCUUGCCCUCAGCCUCAGCUUUGAGCAAAGACCUGCCAAAACAUCCCGAAGACAGACCGAAAGAAUUAUCCCACAGCCAGUUAAGCACAAGUUCUGCUUUGGACAACCAAGUUCUAACGACGUUUCAAGCUGUUCAGAAGCCAUUACUUAGCUCCGUGUCCUGGGUACCUUCUGGGACAGAUUCUGCACCUCCACAUUCAAUUCCCAUUCACAUUACCACAUCCAGGUACAUGACACUGGAGCACCUCUUCACUGGAGGCUCUUCUGGAAAGGCCAGUUCCUCAAUAACUUCUAACAAUCCCCUCGUAACCAAGCUUCUUCAGGGGAAGGAGGUCCCUCUGGAGAAGAUUCUCCAAAAACCACUGGCAGAGGCUCAGCCUGUGAUAGGCGCCUCUGGUGAUAAAGGGAAAUCGCCCAGCACUGCGUUCAGGAGUCUUGCUGUGGGUAGUGGAGGUCAGUUAGUCGCUGGUGUGGACAAGCAGAGACUGUUCAUUUCCAGUCAUCCAUCUGUGACUGGAGCCAGCAGCAAAGAGUUCUCUCUGCACCAACGGGAAAUGCUGAACAAGGCCACCCAGGAGCAGAUCCUGCAGACCCUCAUCAAGAGGGCACACACUCAGCAGUUUGGGUCCGGUCCCCAGUCUUCGCUGCAGGAGGCCUGCGCGCUGGGCUUCCCUGUCGAGUGUCCGACCACAGCUAGCUUUACGGCGGGCUUCUCAGGCCGGAAGAGGACAUCCAGACCUGCCAUGUCAGGGCAUUACCUUCUCAACAUCUCCACCUACGGGAGAGGCUCCGAGGGCAGCAAGAGGGCUGUCUCGACAAUGUCUUCUACUCUGGUUAACCUGAAGAAAGAGUAUGUGGAGAUUGAGGGAAUCCCAGGCACUGACAAUGAGUCAACGAGAGGACAGUCUGCUGGAGCAGACUCUGGAGUGAAGAUAGAACCCCAAGGACCCUCAAGUGAUCCUCACAGUGAAAACCUCGAAGACACAUUUGAUUUCCAUAUGCAAAAAAAGAUCAAGUCAGAGUUCUCAUCCGGACACUCACCUGACAAGGACGAGAAGUCGACCCAAACGACAGGCAGCUUCGCUGCUUCAAGAGCCAAAGAAAUGGUGCAUGUGACCCAGGUGCUCACAGGGCAAGCCGCCCUCGGCAAUAAUUCACAGAGCAACUCCAUACCAGUAGCGCCAGAGCCAUAUCAGCUGCAGCUCCAUACGGCUACAAACCCCCAACAGACUUCUGCCUACGUCGUGCAGAAACCCCACGAGAACCAAGGACCUGGAAACUCCACGGGAGCUGGUAGCCCACCCGGCUACAGCCCAGCAUCCAGCAGCGAGGGGAGCGUCAUGUCCUUCUCUGUGACGGUCACCACCAUACCAGCUAAUCACAGCAGCCGCGGGGAAGCCGCACCCAUACCAGCCUUCACGGAAGGCGCCGGCAUCGACGACCCACCAUCCAACUGCUACUGCAGGCUGAAGGCCAUGAUCAUGUGCAAAGGCUGCGGAGCCUUCUGUCACGACGACUGCAUCGGGCCGUCCAAACUCUGCGUGUCCUGCUUGGUGGUGCGAUGAGCCGCUUUGACAGGCUUCACGUACUUUCAGGAAUCCCCAAGAAAGACGGAACGCUCACUUGAGCUGGAUGUUGUGUUUUUUUUCCUCGUUUUCAAAAAGACUCCAUUCAGCACCUUUUUCCUAGACUUGAGUCACUCGUGUUUGUGAAUUGUGACAAAGUUUUGCACUUAGAGGAAAACAUUUAUUGCACAAUAUUUUGUUAGAAACAAAAGUGAUACAAAACGAGAUAUUUUUAUAGAAAAGAGGACUCUCGGAUGGAAAGCCGCUUCCUUUGUAGUAGAGCAUUUGAUUGACCUUGUGCAUUCUGUUGUAAAUAUGAAAUAUGCUAUGUGUGUAUAUGUGUGUGUGAAUGUUGGGGGUGUGGCUUCAUGAGGAAGGCCGCACAGAGAGGCACAAUCUAGGUCCUACUGCUAGUCAUGGGAUGACAUUGGGGUAACACCAGCUGUGAGUUAUGGACUUGAAAGCAGAAUCUAGUUCCAAAUGAAUAUCUCUCAUGAUCAUGGUGGACUGCAGAUAGAGUUUAGAGUACCAUGUGUGUCUAAGGGAGGUGGUUAUGCUUUCAGUUAGACCAGCAUGUGACUCUUGGGGCCAAUGGGUGCUGUGGGUCUGUCUGGUACCUGCACGUAGGACAUUUUCUCAGUGUAGUUAGCCUCUCUCCUUAUUGCUGUACGUUGUGUUCUGUGUGUCAGUAGUGCACCUUCAUGGAAUAUACCACCAUUGGGUUACCUAGGAUGCAAGAGUGGGGCCAGGGCUAGCGAACAGGUGCCCUUAAUGCUGGCGACCGCAUAGAAUUAAAAUACAUAAAUAGUCGUAUCUAAUAUCUGAUUGACUGUAUCACUCCUUCAUCCCCACCUUUGAACUCAGACUGUGACUAUAGUAGAUAAUUUGCUUAUUAAGUGCAUGAGAUUUAAUGAUUUUAUGCAUGGGGGAAAUUAGCUGAUUUUUUUUUUUGGCUAGAACCUUCCGGAGCCCAUGCAGCCUUGAGCCGUGAACUCAGAAGCACAUUGAUGGGAAACGUCUAUAGUGCAGGUCCCCGAAAGGACGGCCAUACUCCUGCUGCUCUCCAUGCUGUGGAUGAUCGGCAUCAGCUUUCAUUUUUCAUUUUCUGACAACCUUUCGACUAAGAGCCAGAACCGGCGCAGUAUGGAAACGGACCCUGUUGGUGCAUUAGGUUCCCCGUUCCUAAAUUCCCUAAAAGCGUGUUGCAUCGAGGUCUCCGCCUCUACACUGCAUCUUGGCAGUGCCGUCGUUUCCCUGCUCUCUCAUUGGCAUGUAAUAUUAGUGAUACUCUGGGACCUGGGGCAGAUGAACUUUUCUGGGGGCCCUAGGCUGGCUUUUUUUUAUUUUUUCGAACCAAAAGGGAUGGGGGGUGAUGGCACAAAAAUUUUCUGGUUGGCGUUGGGGGCUGUCAUGGAUGUUCCCCAGUUCUUCACUGGAUUAAUUCUAACAUACCCACCUGUACUGGGCAGCAGUCGCAGAGUCACCCCAAGGGUGGGGCCCUUGGUUUAGUACCUGCGUUUUCCACGCCCGUGCAGGGGGCCUGAGUCCUUACCCUCAUCUCAUAGCCCCAUAUUCAGAAACUUUUUCUUGAAAUUAUGAAGUGUUUUUAGAUUUGUUUCUCGUAGUUUGUUAAAUUGCUUUAUCUUCAAAACAGAGUAGUCUGAUGUGAGAUUUCGUUUAAUGUUGUCUUUCUCCUUUGAGCUGUAGGUGAAGUUAGACACCCAGGAAUACCCAGGCGCUUUCCGCUGUCGCUUUCUCCCAGCUGAGCUUUUCCUGCCUCCAGGCUGAUUGUCGUAGCAAAGACUUCCUAUUUAACUUGGUUUUCCCUCUGUUUUUUAAAAAAAAAUCCUCCCAAUCUAUGUUUGCUUUAAAUCCGAUGAAAGCGGAACAGUCCCAGGAUGAAAUGGCAAUGUCUGUGCAUGAAUGUCCAUUAGCAGAAACUGCGGAGAAACGCUUGGUCCAGCGGUGAAAAGUUCACGCGCAGCGUGUCAAACUAUGAUGGCAGUGCUGUUGUUAAAUCACGUGUAUGAAUCAUUUCUGUGGUGUUAUACCAAAGUCGCCAUUUGAUUUUUAUUUUAAAGUUUGAACAAUUAAACAAAACAAAGUAAUAUAUUUUAAGUAAUCUAUUUUAAUAUAUAAAGUCUAUUUAUAAAUGAUUUGAUUACAAAAGAAAACAGGGUAUUUACUGGAAUAAUGUAAUUGCAGUUCUAUUCUUUUCAUCACGUUGUGCAGGACGAAGUCUUUAGAGUGACUUUUUACAACAAGAUCUGAAUGCUGUGUCUAACCUGCAAGGAAGUACAGAGAGGACUGAUUUUAACCUGAGUCCAGCAUUCAGCUGUAGUGCCGUCCUGUACCCCAGUAAGCCGGCCAGUUACCGUAGCAAGCUGAGCUCUAAGAUACGAUGACAUAAAGGGGAAUGUGAGUCCGGUGAGGCAGCUUCAGUGAACAUGCAAUCACCAUCAUCGGCAGAAUGUAUCUAAGAUAAGUCUGUUUACUCCUAAAACAAUACAGCCCUCAGCAAGCAGAAAAUUAAACACAAGAUGUAUGAUUUUCAUCUUCAGUUUUUUAAAUGUGUUUUGUAUAGUUUCAAAGACACUGUAUAAUUAUACGUCUUUAACAACAUUAUUUUAAAAUAAGCAAUAUUCACAGUUAAAACACCUAGUGUGUCUUUUAUUAAAGGAGUGUGCUCUUUUAUAGCUUAUCUUUUGUGGUGAAUUAGGCAUUGAAGCAGAAAUCUCAUAUAAAUGUACAGGCAGAGGUGAAAAUUCCAGGUUCAAAAAGAAAAAAGUCCAGACCAGGAUUUUGUUUCAACCAAGCAGUUGAGCAUAGAGAGUACUCAACUGGUUGGUUGGAACAAAAUCCUCGUCUGGAUUUUUACUUUCUGGACCUGAAAUUGCCACCUCUGACUUUAAUAAAUGUUAUUCAUUAGACGUUUUGCACUAGCUUUGAUUGAACUGCCCCAAAAUUAUGUAAUAUAUUGUAACUUUACAAAACCAAAGUGGCUCCAGUUGGAGUUUUUCAUAAAACCAGCAUUUUGAUGGCCUAGUUUGUGGUCUUAUCAGGUAUCGACAUGGAGGGACAGAGACGUAUCAUGUACAAGAAAGCUUUGGCUGCCAGCCUCUUCCUAUAUUUACACCUUAAAUGUUCAAUGCACUAAUUUGUUCACAUUUUAGUAAAAAGAAAAAAAAAGGUUAAAAUACACUUCAGAUCUUUUUGGAGGGCUUUUCACAGUGAAGGCCUCGUACCAUUUUGUCACAUGACCAUUAAAGCUGUCAUUGUUUUUAAGAAAUGAAGUCAAAAUAUAUUCGAAUGGACUGUUUAACUAGAUAACCUUGUGUUUGGUAGAUGUAGGAGAUUUAAUUUUGAAAAUAGUGUUUUAAAAGAACAUUUUUUAGAAAGAUAAAACAAAAUUAUAUUUAUAACAUUUUAUAAGAGGAAGAUUCUUAAAUAUUCCGUAUGAUUUCACUUAUGCUUAUUAUACCUGUAAAAUUAGCUCGUGCUUUCCACUGUGUGCUAAUGAGUUUGUCGUUUUGCAUUUCUCUGUGUAGUUGUGUACAAACCUCAAUAUCCUCUAAAACAUUGUUCUCCAAUAAACAUGCUUUUACAGCCAAUCAAUUUCAACAUGUAUUCCAUUGUAUUUGAAUUUUGCCAGAGUAGUUUGUAUGGGAAAGGGAUUCAUGUGAAUUCUAUUGUACUUCUCGACCCCUAAACUGUAAUAAUAAUUUUGUAUUAUAAGAGGCUUUUAUUUUAUGGAACAGGGCCAAUGUACUGUGCUCACAGAUGCUGGGUUCAGAGGCCAAGCCGAUGUUUAAUGGUCCCUUGCGAGUCUUUUGCACAGUUGCCUGUGACUGUUGUGCAUUUUCAGGCUGAAAAUGCAAAGUCUUCUGUGUCGCACUUUUAAUAAUUGUUUCCCACUACAAGGCUCAUGGAUUGUUCUGGAUCAUCCUCUUUGUCUCAUCUUGCUUUACUCUGCUGAAUAAUAUAGCCCUGUACAUACAUACCUCUUCAAUAUUGUUUAAAAGAGUUAUUUAGGUUUUGUACAUAUUUUUCAUUUAGAAAAAUGUGAAUAUAAAACUCUUCUAGUGUAUUUGCUGAUGAACGUGAUCUAAGAGAAAUUCAUUUUCCUGUGGUUGGGGUUCGUUUUCGUUUGGUCAGUUCUGGAUCAAACCAGGACCGUGGGAAUAGUGUCUAAAGCAAAGUGUGUGUGUGUGUGUGUGUGUCUCAGUCAUUCUCCAGGUGUGGGGAUUCCUCCUUUCAUUUGGGAAGAAACAGCCUCUUCAAAACCAAGAAUGUAAUAUAUUAAUCAGCAAUAUGAGAAAAAUGUAUUUUAUCAUAAUAGUUUGAAAGAUUCAAUAAAAACACAGUAUGAUGUUUCA